GCUAUCACAAGAAAGAGGAGUCAAUAACGUGUGAAUAUUAGCGUUUCUGAUUCCGGAGGCUAUUAACUAAUACGAAAAGAUGUCAUUGAAUAUGAGACCUUGUUAUGAGAAGUGAUUUUAAACUAUAAGAAUAUAAACCACACAAUGUUUUGUAUGCAAGUUGAUGUUUUGGAAAAUGCUAUACAAAAGAGAAGAUCUAUGCUUGGGAUAGAUUAUCAAGGAAAGUUAUUAGAACGCACAACGGAAUCCAAAUUUGUACUUCUUGGGAGACCUGUAGAGCAAGACAACCCCGACAACGAGGCUGCACAUAAGCAAUUUCUCAUCCAUCGACGAGAGUCACAGAUUGAAGAAGUCAAAAACUAUGUCCAAAUUUUAAAUGCUUUGAGAUUAAAACAAAGAAAAAGAAAAAACGUUCCACCACAAGAUGAUCCCGUUUUUAAAAUAUUGCUGUCAAUUCUAAGUAAAAUUGAUUAUGAAAAUGCAGAGGAAAGAAAACAAUGCAGAGAAAUGAAACGACAAAGACGCGAGGCACGAAAAAAGAAUUAUGAAGCUCGACAAAUAAGAUAUCAGUUCCAUGGAACUUGUACCUCAGAUACUGAUGUGUUGGUAGUAUCAGACGAUCUAAAUGAGCACCGUGAUGUCCUACGUAGAAGGUUUUUGAAAACGCAAAAUAGAAUGAUGCGUUACCCAGGCUUUAGUGCGGAUUUCAAAAACGGCAUGUCCAAUGCCAACGGAAUGUCAAGUCUAACCGAUAAACUCCGAAAUGUAACGAUGACAGAUUUGGAAAAUCCGGAAAGGGCGGGGUGGUUAUACGAUCAAUCAGAACACAAGAACGUAUGGUGUAUCCUUGCAGAUAUGUUGUUUUGUGUUUUUGAAAACGAGUCCUCAGAGAAGCCAAGCGUAGUUGUUAUUCUACCGGGCUGUUCGGUCAGGUCUCUUGUAUAUCGGUCCGUGAAAUCGAAAGAUGUUUCUACCAAAACUGUUUCAGGCAUCGAUAAAUAUCAGAUAAUAAUUGAUGAUUGCUCUUCGAGAAAAAAAUAUUUGUUCAGUUUGGAUAACCAGUUUGCUCAGGAAGAAUGGAUGGCAUUGCUAAAAAUUGCUUCUAAACUUGAUAAUGAUGGUGAACCUGAAAAUGGUACACUACAAGAACCACGUCGACAUUCAAUUCCAGGAAUAUCAUCUAGACCUCAAGGAUCAUGUAUAUCACCAACAUACGCACCAUCACCUAAAUCACAUACGGGUACUCGAUCGUCAUAUGCAUGGAAUGAUAAUAGUGACGGUACGAAUAAUUUAGAUGACCAAGAGUCACUGAAUAGAAGCCAAAAUGUUAGGAACUCAAUAGGAGACAUAAGGCGAAAGUUAAGACGUGAUAAUGAAUCAGAGAGUUUGAAAUCAGUUCCAAUGAAAGCAACGCAUUUCGAAAGACGUGAAUCAGCUGAUAAAAAGUCAGUGGCCUUUAAGAAAAUUCGUUCUUUUGGUAGCCUGGAAAGUCUUUUUAAACCUAAACGCAAGACCAGUAAGCCUGAUGAGAAUGGAGAAACUCAUUCUCUUGAUGACGCUGGAAAGAAUCACAUGACUGCAAAUGGCCAAUCACCUCUUUCCAAAUCACAUGAUAAGCGAUUAUCGCAAUCGCUAGACUUCGGAAAAUCUGAAAAGGGUCUUAGCAAAGGAAUUGUCAGAACUGCAUCAGAUUUGAAAGACCGGUUAUUGAAAAGUGCUUCUGAAAAGUCGGGGUCCUCAAAAAUGAAAUUGAAGGACCUGAACGAUAUAAGUAUAUCUGGGUUUUUGCAAUAUAAGUAUCUUAUAAAAUGGCAAAAGCUUUGGUGUGCAGUUAGUAAAGGAUGUUUAUACGGGUUUAAAACUCAAAAUCAGGAAGAAACUCCUGAACUUGUGGUUAUCUUGACACGAUGUGAAGUUGCAUAUGUUUCGGACCAAGAUAAACGCUAUAAAAGAAUGUAUGUGUUCAAGCUGACACAGAAAAAUAAGAAAAGCAUUUAUCUUAAUGCUUGUGACUAUGCUGAUUUAAGCAGAUGGCUGCAAAUUCUACAAAUGGAAUCUAGCAAAAUUCAAUGUGAUGUUGAAUUGAAAGAACUAGAUGCAAACGGAGUCAGUAGUUCUAAUGUUAAAAACUCUCCAUACGGAAAUAAUGGUUUAGUUAGGGCUUCAUCUAAUACGGGUAUCAAUAAAAGACAUUCACUACCAAAUGGGUUCAUGUCAGGAAGUGACGACACUUUCAGUUCUUCCGCAGACGACAGUGAAUGUUCUGUUGGUAUAGACAACUACCAUAAAUUCAUUCCUCCGCAACACGACGAGACGUUAAAACAGGUAUGGGAGAAAGACAAAAACUAUUUGUUCAAUGUAGUACGAGCUAAGCUGAGUUCAUACAAACAUAGGAAUGAUGUAACAAACAAAGAUUUGACUGGUUCUCAUGGAGAUGGUUUACAUAUCGUUACUGAAGGCAAGACGUUAGUGCAGCUGAAUAAAGAAGCAACGGGAGCAACAGGACGAGAGGUAAGAAGAUCACAUUCAUUUCAUAUUAAAGCACGUACUGACAUGGCCGACAAGUCUUGCCCAGAUUCACCAGCAUCUACUCGGAAGCGACACAAACCAUUAACAGUCAAGAAAAUAACACCAAGUAGUCUCGGGAGUUGUCCAAUAUGUGGUGGUCUGGAAAGGAGAUUAGUGAACGGUGAAUGGAUCAGAUACUGGUAUGCAUUAAAGGACGGAACGCUAUUCUCCUUUUUAACGGAAGAUGACACAGUUACAGUUGAUAUACAAGAUCUCCAUGGUUACAAAGUGUCAUCUCUAAUUGACCAGUUUAGAGGGAAACGAUUUGCAAUAAAACUUUCACACGAGGAAGUCUCUUCUACAUAUUUAUCCGCGGACAGCAGAGAUGAGAUGGAAUUAUGGGUAGAAAAACUCCAGUCAGCAACAGGACAGCCACCUAGUGAGCAUAAUCAAGCUGAAAGCAACAACGAUAAUCAAAAUGAUAAUUAUCAAGAAAAAUGUCAGUCAGUCAAACAGAAAUUACUUCAGGAAAUGCUACGUCAAAAACGUGAACUUGAACUUAAACAAGCAGCCAGACAGAAGAAGCAGCAUCAGAAUUCUACUGACACUUCCGGUGGUUAUGUUCAAGAUGAUCAGCUGAUAUCUGACGUGGUACGAUUACGUCAAAGAAGAAUGUCUACUCAAAUUAAGAUGGAUACAAUUCAAAAACAGAUGCAACCACAGUCAACUGGUAGAAAAUUUUUAUUCGGGAAAAAAAAGAAAGUGGAUGAAAGUAAGACUGAACAUCUACAAGUACAAUUACGUGAACUGAGUGAAAAAAUGCAAACAAUUGAUAUAGACAUAAGUCGCAAGGAAAUGUUAGACAUGAAUCAAAAUAAAAAGCCUCAAUAUCUCAUGCAUUCAGACGAUUCUUUACCAUUCAAUGACGGCAUGUCAUCCGAAAGUCUGGAUAGUGAAAAGAAAGAGGACGAUUCCAUUCGUGGGAACAGUUUGAAAUUGAAAAAUAGUGUUCAAAAGUUUGCUCAAAAGACAAAAAGAUCUUUAAAAGGAAAAUCUAAAAAGCAACAUUUUGAAGUGCCGAAAUAUAAUGGUUUAGUGACUGCAAAUGGUGGUUCUAAUGGUGCUUUAAAUAUAGAUCUGAGUCGAGAUGAUGAUGACGACGACUCAGAUCAAUCGGAUCAAAGUCCGAGGAAAUCAAAUAACAGUCUCAUAGACCUUACAAAGUCAAGAAAUAGCACAUCUUCAGAUGAUGUUUUUGAAAAUAGCAAAAGUGAUACAUCGUUGUCUCCAAGAAAGGAAAUUGAUCCAAUCGUCUUAGCAGAAAUUGAUGCAUUUGAAGAACUAACGAGACAAGUGCUUAACGCUAGAGCUGCCCCUACAUAGAAGGCAAAGCAUUAUGUGAAGAAAGAAAGACAACUCUGUUUUUUAACGAAACAGAUAAUCUCCUUUGGUGCUCAUAUACAAUUUGCAUUUUUUUGUUAGAUUUUUUUAAGACAUGUACAUUCGAACGCAUGUACAAAAUAAAUUGUUAACAUCCAUUCAUGAUACGAGGUACACAUUAUUUUACUCAUUGUUAUGCAUAUGUUUUGUACAAAUUAAACGUUAUUAUCGUU